AGUAAAUAGUAAUAGUAAACAGUUAUAAUUUAAUAAUAAACGUGAAGUGUUGUUUUAUUUCAUAUGUGUAAAUAAAAAGUUGUGUCCUGUUAGGAAGUUCAACAAGGUCGUGCUACUUCACAGAUUUCCCUUUAACAACGUGAGAUUAAAAGGAAAAGUCUGCUAUGAAAAUAAUAUACACAAUGCGCGCGCAUCGAAAGUUCUAUUGUCUGAAUUAGAAAAGAGGCGCAUAUAAAACCUCUUUGGAGAGAACAUGUGACGUAACGCCAUCUAGCGGUGAACGGACGUACUAAGUGAAAGUGUUUGUGCCUCGAAUCAAAAUGAAGUUGAACCUGUUCAAACGUUCCAUGAUAUUUGCGACCUUCUUUGGGUCAUGUUUAUGUAUUGCUCUGAUCGUUGGCUCUCUAGGGACGACGCACUGGGUCGACGCAAAGGCCAAAAGGGCCCCCAACCCCUUAGAGUCUGAAGGACAGAUUAAUUUUGGUCUCUUUGAAGGGCACAAGGCCCUGAAUGCCGGAGUGGGGCGAAGAUAUUAUGAUUUUAGCGUGCGCGCGGGCACACACCCAGCGCGACGCUGGGCGUGGUGCGGCACUGCGGCGCAGCUGGGCGUGGCGCUGGCGGCGGCGGGCGGGGCUUGUGUGCUCGCCGCCCUCGCCUCCGCCUCGCGCGCGCGUUGCUCGCCCAAACCACUGCUGCUCUGCAACUCCGCCACAGUGUUAUUCUGCCUGGGCUCGAUGUCUGUCUGGCUGACGGAGUUCUUCCUCCGGUUGCAGCACAAUGUGAUGUCGGAGGAAGACCUCGCCAACACUUGGUCCUCCGACGGUAUGGCAGAUCUCGGCAUCUCAUUUUGGUUAGUGGUUGCUGCCGCUAUAUCUGCUUUCGUGAACAAUAUCUGCAUCCUGAUAGCAAUGGUGGACGGCAGAGACGCUGACACAAUAGCGCCCGCUCUCGAAGAGAAAGUCAACGGAGCUAUCAUGUUAUAUUAACUGUAUUGG